AUGGAUGAGUUUAUGAGAUUGAUAUGGAUUUUUGUAGCUUUGACUUCAUGUACCAAUGGGAAGAUCACGUUCUUCAUUCAUAUAGAUGAAGUUAAAAGUCCCAGUAACCUUCUUCAUGGCGGAGGCUGUUGUCAGGAAGCCAGAACAAGUCCUUGUCCGGACCUUUGUAAACCACUGCUCAAACUGUGCCUCAAAGAUUCCUCAAAGAAUUGCCUUGAUGAGAUCACAACGACUCUUAACAUGGAGAGAAAUGAUGUCAUCUAUGGUUCCGUGAUCGGAAACACAACAAAUCCUAUUCUGCUUGAAGUAGACAGUUGGGAUAAAGAUCAUGAUCGACUCUCUUUAGAAGUACAUGACUUACAGUCUACAGCCCUGCCCCUUUUGUUCAAAUCCGAAAUCAUGGAUCAUGACCUUCAUAUCGGUGACAACAUGUUGUCCCAAUUUUGGCGUCAGAAAAAAUUACAAGCUAGUUUUUUCCUGGAUAAAAAUGUUUUCAGUAUUCAGAUAACCUACAAGGCCUACUGUUCUGAGGGUUACUAUGGUUCCGAUUGCUCUGUCCAUUGUCCUGGUAAUCCAAAGAAGUGUGUCGUUAAUGGAAAUACCUAUUGCAAAAUGGGCUGGAAUGGCGUUAAUUGUGACCAGGAUGUAAACGAAUGCAACAUACCUGCAUUUUGUAGCCAUGGGAAUUGCUCUAAUACAGCCGGUAGUUUUCUGUGUGCGUGUCCACCUUCCGUUUACGGAAUAAAAUGUCAACUGGAUGAAGACGAAUGUUUAUCAAAAAAUUGCAAUGGUGGUACUUGUCGAAACAAAAUUGGAAGUUAUGAGUGUAUAUGUAAAAGCGGAAUGACAGGAAAAGAUUGUGAAACGUUAACGUCUUCACACUGUGGGGCACGCACGUGUCAUCAACACGGAUCUUGUCGAAUAGAGGAUGGACACGCCGUUUGCACCUGUAAUAGAGGAUUUAGUGGAACCGAUUGCUCUCUUCACGACUUCUGUGCCAGUAAUCCGUGUAAAUAUGGGGCAACAUGCUCAUCCACUGUUCACGGCUUCAAAUGUCAUUGUGCAAAUGGAUAUACCGGCCAUAAAUGCGAAGUUGUAGACUUUUGCUCGUACAAGCCUUGUGCAAAUGCUGGCAAUUGUACCAACACUGGAUCAGACUAUAUAUGUUCCUGCACAGAUAACUUUAUCGGGAAGAAUUGUGAUGUUCCAAAUCCAUGUAAUGGACAAACAUGCAAUGGUCACGGUUCCUGUAAUACGACAUAUAACGGCUUCUACUGUCAAUGCAACAAUGGAUUCAUGGGAAGAAAUUGUGAGAAAAUAGACUAUUGCUACCAACAAUCAUGCAGUAGUCAUGGUGUAUGCGAAAGGAAUAGUUCAGAUUAUGUUUGCAAAUGUCAAAAAGGCUAUGAGGGAAAAAACUGUGAAUUUAUCGAUUAUUGUCAUUUUAACCCCUGCCUUUAUGGUGUAUGCAGUAAAAGUGGGACAGGGUUUAUUUGCACUUGCAACGAUGGGUUCAAGGGAAAGAGUUGUGAUGAAAUUGACCAUUGUUACAACCAGACAUGUUCCCACAAAGGCAUUUGCCAAAACAACCACGAUAAUUAUACAUGUCAAUGUCAAGACGGAUACUACGGAAAAAACUGUGAAUCAAUUAAUUAUUGCAAGUUCAAUCCAUGCAUGCAGGGUAUUUGCAGCAAUAAUGGAACAAAGUUCACUUGCACUUGCUUUGAUGGUUUUACUGGGAUAAGUUGUGAAUUAGUUGAUUACUGUUCUCAUCAAAAUUGCUCUUUUAAUGGCCGUUGUGUGAAUAACCCUCAUAAUUACUCUUGCCAAUGCAACCCUGGAUUUCUUGGACCAAAUUGUGAAACAAAAGACGUGUGCUUUAAAAAAACGUGUAACGACCAUGGUGUUUGUCACAGGGUAGUAGAAUCAAAUUAUCAGGAUUUUACUUGCAAAUGUGAUGCUGGGUGGUCGGGUUUGGAAUGUCAGUCAUACAACUACUGUCAUAAUGUAACUUGUUCUAAUCAUGGGAAAUGUUUUACCGGGAAUAAUGAUUUUGUUUGCGUAUGUGAUAGUGGAUUUUCUGGGGAAAUGUGUGAAUCGAUUCAGUUUUGCAAAGCAUCGUCUUGUGUUGCCCCGCAUGUCUGUAAAGAAGAUGUGAAGGGUUAUACUUGUGUAUGUCCAUAUGGGUUAGCUGGAGAAAAUUGUGAUCGAAUCGAUCACUGCUUGAGUCAUCCCUGUGGAGAUCAUGGGAAAUGUGUAGAUACAAACACUGGAUACAUCUGCUCUUGUUUCUCUGGAUGGACAGGCACUUUAUGUACUGAUAUUGAUCACUGCACCAAUUCUCUUUGUCAGCAUGGAGCUUUUUGCAAUAAUAAUGCGCUUAAUUUUACGUGCACAUGUAAAGUUGGUUUUUACGGUUCUUUGUGUGAAAAUGUUAACCACUGUCUGACUGAACAAUGCUUAAACAACGGAACAUGCCAUAACUAUUUCAACAGUUCUACGUGUUUAUGUCCCAGUGAGUGGACAGGACUUCACUGCGAGAUAGAAAAUCUGUGUGUUACCACUCAGCCAUGUGGAGACCAUGCCCAUUGCUUUCAAGUCGGAUCGCAAAUAUCGUGUUCCUGCUUAUCAGGUUGGAUGGGAGAAAAUUGCACAACUAAAGAUUACUGCUAUAAUUUACCUUGUGGUUCAAUGGGAACUUGUCAAAAUUUGGUUGAUACGUAUACUUGUAAAUGUGAUCCACAGUGGACGGGUAAAAAUUGUGAAACAUAUGCCUGCGAAAACAACACUUGUCUUCACGGAUAUUGCCAUGCCAGCAAAAAUGCUUUAUUUUCUUGUGACUGUGAUUCUGGCUGGAUAGGUCAUGAUUGUAAUAUCAUAGAUCCAUGUAAAUCUAUAAACUGUAGCAAUGGUGGAAAAUGUGAAGCAACUUUACAUAAACCAUCAUCAAAAUCAAACUCAUCUUUAAUUCAGCACCAAUCAGAUUUCCACGCAACAGGAUCGUGUAGAUGUGCCAAAGGAUGGGAAGGGAAAACAUGCCAGAUGGAUAUAAAUGAAUGUCAGAAACAAAACCCUUGCCACGGACACGGUUCUUGCUUAAAUAAUAUAGGUGGAUUCACUUGUAGCUGUGAUCAAGGUUUUUCUGGCUUGGGAUGUGAAAUUGAUAUAAAUGAAUGUGCUUCUAACCCAUGUCGAAACAAUGGUACAUGUGUCGAUGGUGUAGAUGGAUACACUUGCUCGUGUUCUUCGUUCUUCUACGGAGAGUUGUGCGACAAAGAUGUCAACGAGUGUCAGUACUUUGUGUGCGGGUCUCAUGGGACUUGUGUAAACACAUAUGGUGAUUAUAGAUGUAUGUGUACACCAAAUUGGACAGGACGUCACUGUGAAAAUCACAUCAGUUCAUGUUCUCUCCAACCAUGUAAAAAUAAUGCAACAUGUUUCAAUGUAGAAGAUACAUUCUUUUGCACAUGUGACAACCGGUUUACUGGUCGACACUGUGAUAUUGAUGUCAACGAAUGCCAGAUAAGUUCACCUUGCAAAAACGGGGCGUCUUGUAUAAAUAUGUAUGGUUCUUUCUAUUGCAUGUGUCCUACAGGAUGGAGUGGAAAAACCUGCGACAUUGAUAUAGAUGAAUGCGUAACGAAUCCUUGCCCAAAGAACACUACCUGUGUAAACCAUAUGAACGGCUUUGAAUGUCAGGAUUGUUCCACAUUUCAGUGCCUUAACGGUGGACAAUGUGUUGAUACAGAAUAUGGACCCAUGUGUAAUUGUUCCCGGGACUGGACAGGUACUGACUGCAUUCAACGAAAUUUCUGCAAAGACGGUCCAUGUGGAUCACUCCAGAUCUGUAUCAAUACUAAAAAUGCCUACACCUGCGAAUAUCAUCCCUGCAAAAGUUCUCCAUGUGAAAACGAUGCAAAAUGUGUCGAAAACGAUAUUGGAUACUACUGUGAAUGCAAUCUUGGUUGGAAAGGAACAUUAUGUGAAGAGAAAAACUACUGUGAAACAGCUGUUUGUGAAAACAAUGGAACUUGUAGAAAUGGAAACACCUCUUUCUACUGUGUUUGCUCCAACAACUAUUAUGGAGACCGAUGUGAACUGUAUGACUAUUGCUUCUAUCAUUCCUGUCUAAAUGGUGGGGUUUGUCAAAAUCAGUUGGGUACCUACAUUUGUACUUGUCCACAAGGUUGGGAAGGAAGGAACUGUGAAACUCGUGACCACUGCCACACUUUGCCAUGUCUUAACAAUGGUAUUUGCAAUAACCAAAAUACAUCGUACAGUUGUGAUUGUCCUUUAGAGUGGAAGGGGAAAAAUUGUGAAGAAUAUGAUUACUGCUUCAAUUCGCCCUGCCACAACAACGGAGCUUGUCAUAAUGGAAAAGAUGCAUUCUUCUGUUCGUGUAUGCCGGGCUAUUUGGGAAAAGCGUGCGAUGUUUUUGAUCAGUGUGUUUCAGGUCCAUGUCAAAACAAUGGGACUUGUUUUAUGAAUCAGUCUAGUUAUGAAUGCCGAUGUCAUGGUGGUUAUAUCGGAAUGCAAUGCGAGAAUGACAGAAAUGAAUGUAAAAUGAAUUUGUGUCCGGCAAGGUCAACUUGUUAUAAUGAGGAUGGUGGAUAUACAUGUAUUUGGGAACGAAGACGGAAAAGAGAGGCAAAUUUUCUAGGUUUGAAAUCCGAUGUGUUAGAGAUCUCUGUCUCCGAAAAUAAGAAUGAACUAGAGAUUAACAUUUCAAACUCUCUACGUUUGGUGGAAAAAUCUUUUUGCAAAUCCUUCCCCUCUCAGUUUGAACCAAGAUCACUAACUUUACAAAGAAAUGGAAAAUUGUACCUUCAUUUUAAUGCUUGGUGCAGCGAAGAAGACGAUUACAGCUAA